AGCUUCCCGUGACUUAUGUCGUUACGUCGACUCCACACAUAUUUCCACUUUGUACUGAAGCUGCUACAGUUAAGUGGAAUGGCCCCCAAGAAAAUCGAGCCCAAAAAACCAGAACCCAAGAAGGAAGCACAACCUCCGCCGAAACCAGCCCCUCCACCAGAGCCAGAACAACCCAAGGCACCUGAGUUUGAUCCGCAAAGUGUCACUAUCGAAUACACACUCGACCAGAUUGAGGAGUUCAAGGAGGCCUUCAGUCUCUUCGACCAAACGCCCACAGGAGAGAUGAAGAUUACCUAUGCUCAGUGUGGGGAUGUGAUGCGAGCCUUGGGCCAGAACCCGACGAACGCUGAGGUGCUGAAGGUCCUUGGCAAGCCACGGCCUGAGGACAUGCACAGCAAGAUGCUUGACUUUGACACUUUCCUUCCAAUGCUCCAACAUAUCUCUCGCUCCAAAGACCAAGGAACCUUCGAGGACUUUGUCGAGGGCUUAAGAGUGUUUGACAAGGAAGGCAACGGGACCGUCAUGGGAGCCGAGCUGCGGCACGUCCUGGCUACUCUUGGCGAGAGGAUGACGGAAGAUGAGGUGGAACGUCUCAUGGCUGGUCAGGAGGAUGUGAAUGGGUGCAUUAACUAUGUUUCUUUUGUCAAUCACAUCUUGGCUGGAUAAGCUAAGUGAUUCAGUGCAAUUUUCAUGUAACCAGAAAUGUUUUGUCAAGGAAUUUUCCCCAUUGUACUCGUCUAUUAAGAAAUACAUAUUCGGACAAUGUAGCUGAUUAAUUUAUAUAUCCCCACAUAUUUCCUUUUAUAAAAAUUGCAUUUUGGUUCAUUAUUUCCAAAUGAUUAUGAAGUGCAGCGGCAGGAAUUCCUGCUUUACACAAAGACAUUCUCUUGACUGUAAAACAAUAAAUGUAAAUGAACUGUUA